UGAAAACUCUUUCAGAGUGGCUCAGUGUCGUGGUUGUGGAGGAAACAGCAAGAGUAGUCGGUGGUGUUCUUUAUCGGUUUUGAUAUAGAGGAAAAAGCAAAGAUGUCUUCUACAGCAGCUGCGAAUUUUCAAUCUUCACUUUCCUCUAAUAAAUCCCUUUCCAAACAGUUAAAGGCUAAAGCAAACGAAUUUUUGGCUUCACCCAAGAAUGCCAACAAUCUGUUGGAGAUAAUUGACUGCUUAAAGGAAUGCAACACCCGAAAAUCGGCCGUUGUUCCUAGUUUACUAGCUUUGGAGACCGUAUUUGUGGAACUCCUACGGCGAAAUGAGAUGCGAAUUUUGGUGCAACCAUUGAAACCAGUUGAGGAAUCAAACGACUUGACACAUAGGCAAUGGUUGCAAAGUCAGUACAAAGAAGCGUUCAGUGCCAUUUUAACAAGUUUUACUCACGAGAAACAACCGGAGAGUACUCAGGCUUUAACUACGGCAAUGAAACUAGUGGUAGUGGAAGCAGAAAACCCGCUGGAUGCUGGGUCUUCCGGAACAACACAUUUUCCACUUGCCAAGCUGAAACAUAUUCUUCAAGCGAUGCUGUCAUCCGAACGCAUCAACACACAUCUUGUUAAUCGAUUUAUGGAAUAUGCUUCACAUUUUGAUAUUAUCUACUUCUGUUGGAAGGUGCUCCCAUCUCUAGCCCCGAAAGGAUUCAGCCCUAGUUCAUUGUUCAUUCAAAACUAUGUUGGCAUAUUCGGUACCGUCUGUAUCGGAAAGGAAGCCUUGCAGGAAACUCCUAGUUUUUUGUGUGUUGAAAUGCAGCAGUUGGAUUAUCCUUACAUUCGCAAACACAUCAACAAAGCGUGGUCCUGCGUAAUGAACUGGACGCACGAUGAAGUUAGCCACCGCCAAGUGCUCAUUCUGUUGCUGGAAAAAGUUUUGUCUCACCUGGACAAGCCGGUUUUGCUGACCGACUUUCUGAUGGAUUCACUGGACGUUGGUGGAGCUAUCAGUUUGUUGGCCCUACAAGGCAUCUUCAUUCUGAUCCAACAGCAUAAUCUCACAUAUCCGAACAUCUACGAGAAACUUUACUCAAUGUUCGAACCGGAAAUUUUCCAUACUAAGUUUAAGGCGCGUUUGUUCUAUCUGGCGGAUAUAUUCCUCAGUUCUAGUCAUCUGCCCGAGAGUCUGGUGGCAGCAUUCGUGAAACGCCUGGCCCGUCUAGCACUGAUUGCUCCACCGCAGGACAUUGUCAUAAUUUUACGAUUUAUUGGAAACCUGAUAAUGCGUCACCCGGCACUGAAGCGGCUUAUUUUCCAUCCCAGCGGCGGGGAAGUCUCGCAAGAUCCAUUCAUCAUGGAAGAACGUGACCCCGUUAAGUCAAAUGCCUUGGACAGCUCCCUGUGGGAAGUCGCUGCCCUGCAGUCGCACAUACUGCCGUCGGUUGCUACAGCGGCCAAGUUCAUCUCCAAUCCAUUCCCCAGUGUGGAGUGGGAUUUAGCAUCCGUGCUAGAAAUUAACGAAAACGAUAUCUUUGAUAAAGAAAUUUCCCGGAAAUCCAAAGAAUAUGCCUUAAAUUUGGAACGCCCCACGUCGAUGUUCUUGUGUUGUGGGGGUGAAAAAACUUCCCAGUUUUGGAAAUUGUUUUAAACCAUCUGAAAAAUGUUUUGAGAAUUUCUCAAUUUCUGCGACACUAGACAUACAAUGUAACCAGGCUUCCUACGAGAACUAGGAAGGAUCGAGAAAAACAAAACUUGAAAGAAAUGAUUUAUUUUUCGGAACGGAACAGGUUUGAAUUUAAAAUUCAGACAGAGCUUAUGUUUGACAAAACAUAAUUUGCGUUCGUUUUGACCGGAACAAAUUUCUCAAUUCUUGGUAAUAAAAUAAUGAAACUAUUAAAAACGUUCAUGAGCUAUACUCAUACAGAUAUUCUGCAGGAUGAAUAACGAAUACUAUUUAACUUAUUAUCUAGACAGAAACCGUUUUUUAUUAUCAAUUUAGUAAAAAAACAUAGCAACACAAUAGACACCUAAAAAUAAUUAUUACAGGAAAUCUAUCGGAUAGUAAUUACGCCACAGACAAAUAAUGAAAAUCUGUUGCUGUAGCCAAUCUCUACUGAAGAGAAUUGAAAAAAAUCACACAACAAAUGAACGUUCCUAUAGAGAAAAAAAACGAAAAUAGAAGUCAGUAGGAAAAGUCCCAGCAGCACCACUUUUUUUUUAGUUUUCACGUAAACAAAUAUCAAUUCUUAUCUACUAACAUUAGUAUUGCAUACAGAUAAAACAAACAACUAUUCACAAAAAUGAUAGUUUCAUGUUGAUUGUUUUAUUAAAUGUUAUUUAUUGUUUAAUCGUAACCAUCGCCAUACAGUAUAUGGCCACAAAAAGUAAAAAAAAAAACAGAUCCAAAAUCCAGAGAGCGAGAAAAAAAGUGUGCGUUACUGCUGUUCCAUGUUUGUUCUACUUAUCGGAUUGUGUUCAACAGAAGACCUGCUGGCUGCUAGAACGGAUUGUGUUGCACAUUGCUGGGAUGGAAGUGGAAUCAGCACCCGACAAGCAGGAGAAAAUGCGGAAAAUGUGAUUCAAAUAAAUUAAGGUAGGCCGGAUUAACUAAUGUCAACGCAAAAAAAAAAAUGAAUACUGCAACCGUUGAGAGCUUAUGGGUAGGUCAUAGUUUUAGAUUAGAAUGAUACUUUUAUACAGCGAGAGAGAUAAAGGGAUUUCGUUGCGAGCGCCAUGGAAUGUUCACGACUGUCAUGUAUAGUGAUGAUACGGUAAUAAAUGGUUUAUGUGAUAAGUUUCUCAUCGGAAAAUA